ACAAUGUCCGAGUGGCGAGAAGUUUCGCGUUCGAUCCCAUCUGAUCCUUUCGAAUACGUGUUUCCUUUCAAGUAUCCCCAAAUCGAAUUCACCCUUUUCCAACCUCCAACUGCUUGAUUAUUCUUCAUUACAUAUCUGCUUGAUUAUUCUUCAUUACAUAUCAAAUUCAUCACCUUCAUCAUCCAAAGGGGAUUUGUGGUGGAUGUGGAUGACGAGUGCUUCGGAGCUGUUUCACAGUCGGAGGUAUCGUUUUGGUCUUCGCCACAACGCCGUCGACGUCUCAGGAUUUGAUUCUUCUCUACCUGAUGCCGAUUCUUCAUCUUCUCACCAACACCGCACCGUAAACCGUCGCCAUAAUCACCAUUACAGCCAGAAUAAUCGCCGUGAACAUCGCCACGAUCUUGAUGUCUGUGACCCUCCUUCCCGCCGGAUCCACCGCCGUCGCCUCGAUCACUCGGAACAUGAGCCAGUAGUUCAGCCUGAACAAGGGCGCAGCCAGUCUCCGUCUGGUAGCAUUAUAAAUUCAGACGAUUUCAGAAGCAUACAGAGACGUAGAGAGACUGGGAAUGACAGGCUUCCUGGAUCUGUAUUACUUGCAAGGGAAAGACUUGUGGAAAGAUUACGGGGCGUCUCUGUUUCUGGAAAUAGGCAAACAGAAAGCAGUAGUGGGAGUGCGACCAUACCAACACCAAUGCGCAGGAUCCCAUCAGAACUCCGCAGUUCAGAAAGCAGUGGUGGGUCAUCCAGCAGUCAUCAAGAUAGGUUUACUGGAAGUGAGAAUAACCUGUUGGAAGAAAUGAGAAGAAGAAAACAUCCUGGUCAAGAUGGGUUAAAGUGGUUAGAGUUGGAGGUUUUCGGUUUCAUGAAUGAUGACGAAACGUCAAACUCAAGGGAGUGUACGAUUUGUCUCGAAGGUUUUGAGGACGGUGUUAAGGUGAUACGGUUGAAUUGCACACACACCUUCCAUUCAGGCUGCUUGUUUCCUUGGGUUCGGGUAUGUGGAGCCUGCCCCAACUGUCGAAAACCUAUACUUGUAAAAUAGUUUACAGUUUUGUUGUGUAAUAUUAGGUGAGUAUGUAGUUUGAGUUUAUGGAAAGAGAGGGGAGGGUGUUGGUUUCCUUUUGGGGUUAUAUGGCUUCAAUGGGAAGAACCAUCCACUAGAAUUUGUCAAUCACCUUAUGUUGUUCCCCUCCUUUAUAUGAGCAAUUAACUUAUAAAACAUCACUUUCUGUAAUGCAGUAUGAGAAAAUC